AGUAUAUGCCGACACCAAAGACCAAGUCACACCAGGGUCUUUUGUUCCUUAUUGCUCGAUGGCUCAGGCACAACUCUCUUUCCAUGGUCACAGAGAUGCUGUCAAAUUCUUUGUUGCAGUGCCAGGCUUAGGUGGGUAUAAUACCCUUACAGCUGCACCAACAACAGCCUCAUUGCCAGCCAUAACGGAUAAGGACCUAGAAACUGAGGAAACUGAGAAGAAGCCAAAGAGCAUGUUGGUAAUUUCUGGUGGUGAGGGAUACAUCGACUUCAGAAUUGCCGACGAGCGUGAAGAGGACCGCGAUACCGCUAGUCACCUCCUGGUGUGGCACAUUCCUGUGGAAGACAACCUAUCCCAACUCAAUGCCCAACCCUAUAGUUCCCUUCCAGCCAACCCCUCCUCAGCAACCACCAAUGGCCACUCGUAGCAGCGCCAACAUCACCAUCUGGACAGCUUCAGCCUCAGCCAGUCAAGGGUGAGGGUGAGGAAGAUGGAGCAACAGAGACAUCUACAGAA